AUGUUUUCCAAAACGACCUUGGAAGUUAGGGCGGCGCCAACGCUUGCCGCCCCUUCUUCUGAGAGGAUUGUGCAAAACCAGCAGAGCGAGCAGAUCGACCAGGACCUGCGAGAGACACAGAACUCUGCUUACAUCGAGCGCCAGAACGGGACAUUGAUGGCUCCAUUGGCAUAUCGCCUGACUAUCGAAAAUUCUCAAAUGGUCAUUCGCGCGAUCGGCACCGGCCCAGCAUUGAGCACAUAUCCUGGGGCAAACCUGGCCCAAACAGACUGUCAUCCGCAGGAUAACAAGCAGUUGGAGGCCGAUAAACCCGACAAACACGACAAUCCCGAUUUUGGUGCCAUGUCUGAAUGCGGGAAUAGCCCUCAUGGGUCUUAUUUCAAAGGAGUGUCGGCAGAAACAGCCACCAUGACGGUCACUUACUCGCCAGCUGCUUUCCCGGCGGACACCCAUCUACCGAGGGAUUUGGCAUCACUCACGCUCCGGGAGAGCAAUCCAGUGCGGGAUCAUCACGAUACCGCUCCUUACAAGGGAGCUUCUACUUCAAAUCCCCAGGGGAAAACCACUUGUCUGGAGCCACGCUUGGAAGACAUCACAGCAUCGCUGCGCCCGGAAAUCGAUUUGACAACUGCCGCUCGGCCGGCCUUCACUUCCCUCAAGACGAUCCAGGCAGCGCAAAAUAAGGACACAGCACCCGACAAGGAAGAUGAAGCUGUACAAUCCGAUAGCGAGGGUGACGAUGAUGCGGUUUCUCAAGAGCCACCGCGCGAUAUCGCCCGCGUGUCAACGCCUUCAGUGCGGCGCCCAACGACCUCUAUACCUCCCGCCGCCCCCACAUGCUAUCGAGUUUUACAUUCCGCCCGGGCGCGGAGGAAGAGCAGCCACCGGACGAUUCGGAAGAAGGCCAAAAGUGGAAACCAAGCACCGCAACGAUCUCGAGUCCCGCAAGGGCCACAGGCCGACAUCGCGGUUCCUGCAGCUGGCCAUCAGCCCGAAAUCCCCAAAGUUGAUAUGAGAGGAGUUCCCCACAUCGUAGGCGGACUGGUCGAACACUCUUUGGGCCUUGACAAUCCUCUCUUUGCCAAGCAGGUCGAGGGUGACCCCUCUGACCCUUACAACACCGUCAAAGUCUACCGUCAUGCGUUUUUCCACUUCCCACCGCCCGACAUGGGGGAGCACAACCGCGAGUUUGAGAGGGAGCUGGAAGAGAGUCGGCCGAUCUACGAGGGCUUUGAUUCGGCUACCAUUGACCAACAACUCCAUGGUUAUGCCGCGCAGACCAAAGUAUUCGCCGAGAUAAUGGAGGAGCACCGGGCUGACCUGAACCGUCUCCAGGAUGUCUUCGUGUCCAAUGAGAAGAACCUUGCUCAGUUGGGCUACGAACGCCAGCGGGCAAUGUCGAACACGCUGCCUCGUGGGGAGGAAAAGACUCGAAAAAAACGAGCGAAAGUUAUCGCCAUGGUUGCUGAGGCGGAGGAACUUCUGAUGAAGGAGCAGGAUGCAGUGCGCGAAGAAUUGAAUAAGAUCAUCAUGCGAAGCCGUGUUAAUAUCACGCAUGCGCUCGGUCUUGACCUCCGAGCACCCACCAUGAUUGACCAAAAGCGGACUCGAGCCAGCCGAAGGAAGAUGAUGGAGGACCAAGACACAGAGCUAGGCAUCGCGGCAGCAAUGGUCGGGCUCCGAGGCAACCUAAAAGAACAGGACGACCGGACUCACGAGGCUAUUAUUCGCAACGCCCAACUCGUCGUCGACGAGAGAAUGAAGGCGUUCGAUCAGGGGGACGUUUGGCGCAAGCCAGAAAAGCCAACUCCCGUCGCCCCCGCAUCGAAUUUCGAUACCGUUGUUACUGCAGUGCCAGAGUGGUUCCACAUCCUGGAAGCCAAAAAUGUUAUCCCGCUGCGAGGUACCACGCUACUGGAAAAGUUUAAGGACCUUCUUCUGCAGGUGGAAACCUCGGUUUAUAAUAUGAGGGAAGAGCAACGGGAUCAAGAGCUUCGGCCAACCAAGCAUACGUGGAACAAGGAAUACCAUAAACCCGACGACGCCUGGCCUAGUACCCUACAGCGCAUCCGUGGGGGUUGGUGGCAUUGCCGUGACGGCCCCGACGCAGCCCCUCCCGAGCGCAGUUGUAAGCUCUGCCACCGACAGGUUCGUGUGGAGGAAUCAAAUCCAUCUGCGGCGAAGUGGCAUCAGUGCCUCCUUGAAGAGAUUGAGACGGCGCAAGCCGAGGCGAACAGAAAAGACCGGUUGUCUCUCAAAUACCGGCUACAGCAAGAACACGAGGAUAUCAACCGGUACUGGCAGCGCCGUGAGUGGUGCCGCUCGGGUGGUGGUGUUGAUAUUAGUGAAGUGCUCCACGGCAGAGAUGUUAACGAUCUGAACUACCGGUGCUCGGCUGAACCGCAGUCGUGGCAACACCCGGGUCCUUCGUCCCAGCCUCUCGAUCCCCACGACAAACAAGUCGACGAGGAGGCUUUGGCCUCUCGGAUCACACCCUUGCCGAGUCCACAGCAUCCGUGUGACCCCGGGAUGCCUAAGUCGCUACCGGGCAGAAGGAUCAGCCUCAGCAGUCGCUCGGCCGGAGGACCUUCCACGCCGCCGCUGCACCUGGACCGGUCGCCAUUGUUUUACGAGAUGUUAUCUGGCGGACGGCUGAAUGGAGAAUCAAAUGUACAUGGCAUCAGCCCGUCCCGGCCGCGACCUCUUCCUGGUUCGCCCAUGUUCCACGAGCUGCUGUCCGGCAGGAAGAUCGAGGAGGACAUCGCGACACAGCCCGCCCUGACUCCAGGACUGCACCGUCACAACUCUUCCCAAGUCCACGACAUUCUCCACGACAGACAAGCCAACAAUGAUACUCCGUCGCCCACCCGGGACGGUCCACCUCGACCCCGGUCGUCGCUGUCUUUCGCGAGUCAAAAGAACAAACAGAAGACGGUUUCUUGGCAGCUCUGA